AUGCCCGUGCUGUUGCCGCAAAGUGCAGCCCAGCAAGCUUUGCCGGCUGCUGAUGAGCCGCCGAGCCCUCCGAGCCCUGCGCGAAGCAUGCCCAAGCUCCAAAGCACCCGCAGCAUGCGCAGUGCGCGCAGUGGGCACAGCCGGGGUAGUGGCGACAGUGCCAUUCGCGGAGUCGUCGCAUCAGAUGCCUCUGACGAGAUCGAUUCGCAGGCACGGCUGCAAAUUGUCAUUUCGCAGAUCGAUGACUUCGACGACAUCGCUAGGGAACCCUCCCUUCACGCCCCUGCAGCAAGACAGGCCUCCAUUCCUGUACGGCCAGCCUCUGUGAGGACAGACACGGAUCCGUCGGCUCCGCCGGACUUCGAAUCGGAAAUAGACAAGGCCAUUUCUAUCGGGUCCCCUUCCCCAGCGAAGGUUUCUAGGUCAAAUCCGUGCUCUGGCUUACUGUGGGCUCCGUGUUGGCAAGACGGUCGUUGGCGCAAGUGCUGCCUUGUCACCAGUGUCUUGGCCUGGAUCGUGGUCAUUGCUUUGGGUAUUUCGCUCGCACUCCUCUGGCCGCGUGAUCCGACGUGGCGGCUGACGAGCCUUCAGAUGGACGUGGAUGCGUUAAUGAGUUUGGUCACGGCGGCCUCUGGCGGUCCCUCUGUCAUCGACACCGCCACUGUGCCAGAUCAAGUCUUCCGUGCAGAGGUGGAAGUAAACAAUCCGAAUCUGAUUGGGGCUGAAGCCGAGUCGGGUGAGAUUCACUUGGUAUUUGAAGGCCGUAGAAUGGGUGCAGGGAUCACCGGGCCGAUGAUGCUUCCACCGCAAGCCGCAGCAACUGUAGUGGCAGAAGGGACGCUGCAGGUUGACGACGAGCUUCUUCAUGCCAUGGCUCGAGAACUGGCAAACGAGAGUCCCACGCUCACUUUUCAACUCCGUGCCGAGUCGGACUUUCAGAGCAUUCUUGGGCUGGAGCUCCACUACGAGAUGCUUUGCACAGUUGACUUCUCCAUUCCUGAUCUCAUGAUGGCCGACACGCGUGCUCGAGCAGUCACAGGCCGGGGCUGUGAGCACACCUACUUCUGA